AUGCACUCCUACAGCUGCCAAAUAUGCGGUGUGGACAUGGCUAUUGCCCGCAUCAGGACACCUGACGAGCCACCAAGUGCCGCAUGGGAUAUUGAUGGAGCUAACUACAUAGGCUGGACCAAGGGACCUUGGGGGGAUCAUGUGAAAGACGAAGAAUGCCAAGAUUGUACCACAGCAGAUCGUACACCGGCCGAUCCUCAGAUCUUGCACUGGGAGUCUCUGCGCCGCUGGACAGAAGACGAUGAUUCGGACGACCAAGACUGGAUGCCUGCGUACCAUUCCGAAAACGACAACGAGCCCCUCGAAUAUGACUCGGAAUGCGAAAACGCAGAGGGGGCGUCAAGUGAAAGUGGCUGCAACAGUAUUGACCCUGACUCACUCAACGAGGAUCAUGAUUGUGUCAAGGAUCUGUAUCCUGUGUCUGAGCUUGGCGAUCAGUUACGACCCGAGCGUCUGCCAAAUGGGACCUGGUAUAACAACAAGGUCUACUACACCGGUAAUCGCCAAGAUCCUAUAAUCGGGGACUUCCCUGGUGAAGGUGAACAGAAGGUCCCACCGGAGCACAUCGCCUCACCUUCGUGUCAGAGCCUUCGAGGCAUUAACGGUCACAGACUUAGCUUGGAACAGAUGAAGAAUUGCCGCAAUGUGCGCUUUUUGAUACCAAAGUCUCGGAAUGACGAGAAUCUAUGUGAUGACAAGCUCAUGGAAAGAGGCAGUCUUUUCUGUCUUUCAGGAGAGUCGAAUGGGUCCAACGUCGUACAGGGCGGACACUGGGUUACUUGGAAGUCGUUUUAUCCGCCCCGACAUGGCAUUCAAGAAUUAAGAUGUGACUGGCAAAUGGUAAAUGAAGGGAUUCAUAAUUCACAUAAUAUGUAUCCGCUCCCAGUUCAUUCAUAUUGCCUCGACAUAUACGCUAAAGCAUCGUACCGUGCAUUGGGUAAGGUUGAUCUAGAUGGGAUAUGGCAUUGGAGAGAGAUAGAAAGUCAGUUGCGACACCCGCAUGAAAAGACUCUCUUAAACCACCCCGAAGUAUUGAGGGCCCGUGAGGAUUGGCACCUUCCAUGGCAUCAUUACACUGGAAGCGAAUGGUUAGUCGCGAACCCAGUCGAGAUUUCAGACAUACACACCGUUUUGGAUCCUUGCAAGGACUUGACAUUGUCUCGAGAGACUGGGCAGCACCAAGCAUCAAUUCUUGGGUACAUUCCCAAGGAGAUUCUUUAUCAGAUUAUCGACCUUCUCAACCCUACAGAUGUCAAUUCUGUAGCGAAAACCUGUCACAUGAUGUAUCACUUCACUCAGUUAAGGUUCAGAGAGAUCGUCCGCAAAGACAUGGCUUGGCUUUGGGAGAUACUAGAGGACAGCCAGUAUCCACAAUCUCGGCCAGAAAUUCCAGAUCGACCCGUUACCUGGGAUCCCCUUUGUCCUUUGGGUAUCCCACCACCCUCCUUCCCUGUUGGCCUUGAGAAGGAAGAGGUCGAGGCUGAAUUAUGGGAACAAAUCAUUCACGAAUAUCCAGAAAUGGAAGAAAUCAGCAGGGACGUCAAGACAGCCAACAGCAAGCGUCGGGAUGAGAUAUUGGAACCUUACCAAGUUCAGCUAGAGGUCAUGUCAGCACAAUGGCUUGCCAUUCGUGCAGGUGUAGAAACAUGGAUCUUGGGCUCACAGAACAACAAAAUCGAACUUGAUUGGGGACGCACGUGGAGGCUCUUGGGUCCCAAGGCAACCUCGCUUCUUCCUGGGGUACGGAACCGAGCAAGAAUUUGGGACCGCUGUCAACGUAUCUUGAGCGUCGUAACCUUUCGCCGAAAGGAUGGACGUAUCGACAAGAUGUUAACAAAUGUGUUGGCCGGAUUGACGGAUACUUUUACGCCGGGCUGGAGCAGGGAUCCGGAAGUUGAUGGAUGGUGA